UGGCGGGAAUGCACCUUUUAAGUUGGUUUGCCAAACGCCAUUAAACCCUAGAAGAAGAAGAAGACGCAGGCAGCUGUCUUUAGGCAAUUGUUGUGACACAUAUGUCACAGUCAGUGCAGCCAGGCGCAAUGCCCUCCGCUCCGGACUCUCCGUCACUCAGCGUGACCGUCAGCGGCAAUGUGCAGAAAUACAGCAUCAAGAAGAAAAAGGUUUUAAAUGCGGAGGAGACUGAGCUGUUUGAGCUCACACAGGCCGCUGGCAUAGUUAUUGAUCAAGAAGUUUUCAAGAUUAUAGUCGACUUGUUAAAGAUGAACGUUGCUCCUCUGGCAGUCUAUCAGACCCUAAAGACGAUGUGUGCAGGACAGAAGGUCUCUGAAACAUCUGCUGGUGACGCAUCAACAGCAUCUCAGACCACCACUGCACCUUCAGAGUCUAGAGAAGAGGAGUGUGUGGUCUCUGGAAAGAGUGCUAAAACUGCAGCCCCUCCCUCUUCUUCUGCACCCCGCCCACCAAGGGGAGGGGCUAAGAUAGUGGUCUACAGUGCGGGUGACACAAAUGCUCCUGUCUCUCAAGUACGCAGUAAAACAAGUUCAGGGCAAGGAGAGAAAACUGCAAGAGAUGGUUCUAGUCAGCGGGUGCCACGCCAGGUUAGUGCCACCAGGGGGCAGAAGAGCGCCAAGAGCUCUGGCAGUAGCAGCUCAUCUUCUCAGCUCACCUCCAACUGAAGUUCUGUUCAACAUAAAUUAUCACAUGCAUAAGAUGUUUAAGUUUCACUCCUUUGUUGUGUUAAUGAAUUAUCUUUUAGACUUUGUACAAACAAUUUCACUGUAAAUAAAAACGUUAUUUUAGGUAUUCCCA